AUGGAAGCCAUCAGAGGCUUCUUCGUGAGGCCCGAUCCGCAAGCACAGCUUCGCAAAUGUAACACGCUCAUCCGCUCCAACAUCCGCAAGCUCGACCGCGACAUCGCUUCGGUGAAGCAGGUCGAGACCAAGACCAAGAACCUGAUCCUCCAGGCCGACCGCCGCGGGCAGCGGGACCCGACCCGCGCGAAGCAGGCGCAGAAGGAGGUGCGCGGCUUUGCCCGCGAGCUGGUCCGCGCGCGCAAGACGUCGUCGCGCCUCGUCACGUCGCGCGCGCAGCUCAACAGCGUCGGCAUGCAGGUCAACGAGGCCUUUGCCGUCCGCAAGAUCGAGGGGUCCAUCCGCGCCAGCGUCGGCAUCAUGAAGGACGUCAACACCCUCAUCAAGCUCCCCGAGCUCGCCGGCACCAUGCAGGAGCUCGGCAUGGAGCUCAUGAAGGCCGGCAUCAUCGAGGAGAUGGUCGGCGAGUCGCUGCCCGAGGACGAGCUGGGGAUCGAGGAGGACGAGCUGGCCGACAGCGAGGUCGACAAGGUGCUGGGCGAGAUCCUCAAGGACCGCAUGGACAAGACGGGCAAGCUCCCCUCGGUGCCGGUGGAGCCGGAGAAGAAGGCCGAGGAGCCCGAAGAGGACGAGGCCGAGACCGAGGCCAUGAUGGACCAGAUGAGGAACAGGCUCGAGGCCCUAAGAAGUUGA